AUGAGUUCCCACAAGAAGAAGCAACCCUUUACCUCACCCCCUCAGCUUCAACAGCAGCAGGUGAAACAACACAGCCAACCACCCCCUCAGGAAUCAUUUGUUCCCAUAACCAAGGAGCCAGGCUACCCAAAGUUUCCACAACCAGGAAACACCAAGAUUCCAGAGCUAGGCUACACCAAGGUCCCUGAGCCAGGCUGCACCAAGGCCCUUGAGCCAAUCUACACCAAGGUACCAGAGCCGCAUCCUUCAACAGUCACUUCAGGCCCAGCUCAGCAGAAGACCAAGCAGAAGUAAUGUGGUGCACAGACAAGCUCUUGAGAAGCCGACCACCAGAUGCUGGACACCCUCUUCCCAUCUGCUUCUGUUUCUUAAUUGUCUGUAGACCUUGUAACCAAUACAUUGUCACCCCAAGUCAUAGUUUCUCCCUUAUUUGUAUCCUAAAAACAUGUACUAUGAAGCUUUUGUUCGCACACUCUGAAGAAUUCUCUAAGCCCCUGAGUUAAACAGAAAGUCUUAAUGGUUUUUCUGGUCUUCAGCUGCUCAGGGUUCAUCUGAAGAUUUGAAUGAAAAGAAGCAUAUGUAUCCCUCAUUAAAUCGCUUUUAAUUGCA